AUGACAAUAUACAGGUUUAGCUUAACAGGGCAUACCAAGGUCCAAGUAUCGACGCUUGCCGCUCUUCUUCUGCUGGUCCUACAAAAUGCAGCCUCAAUCAUCCUACAACACAAAAUCCAGUCCCAGUCCACAAUCGAAGACAAGCACUUCGAUCCACUGACAGGCAUCCUCCUCUCCGAACUCCUCAAACUGACCAUCUCCCUCCUCUGCAUCGCCCAAACAGCAGAAGAGCCCAAAUCCCUCCUCACCACCCUCAAAACAAACCACGAUGAAGCAACCCUCCCAGCCCUCCUCUACACCGCCGCAUCCCUCGCACAAAGCAUCGGCGCCUCCUCCCUUGACCUCCUCCCGUACCUCGCCCUCUCUCAAACCAAACUCAUCCUCACCCCCCUCCUCGCAACCCUCCUCCUCAACCAAAGACUCACCCUCCAGCACUGGACUUCCACCCUCACAAUGACAGCGGGGAUCAUCCUCGCCCAGACAGGCGCCAACGCCUCAGCAGAGAACCAGCACCACCGCACCACAGCCAACUCCAACGUCCACCCGCAUCCCCUCCCAGGCAUCCUCGCCAUGCUUCUAUCCGGUUCAUGCGUCGCACUGGGAAGCCUCUCCAUCGAACGAUCGCUCAAGCGCGCCGCAAACAGCACCACAACCACAACCGCGAACGCGUUCUUCAUCCGCAACGCACAACUAGCCGCGCACAGUCUCCUCUUCGCACUGCUCUCGUUCCUCUGGAAGGAAAAGUGCAGAAUAGAUGGAUCAAGCUUCUUCGAAGGCUUUAAUAGCCUGGUCUGGGUGUUUGUGGUUCUGCAGGCGUCCGGUGGGUUCCUGGUGGCGUGGUGUGUGAGGGUUACGAGUUCUGUGACGAAGAAUUAUGCGCAGGGGAUGGGGUUUGCGAUUGCGGUUGUGGGGCCGUUGGCUGUAGAGUCUAAGGAUGUUGAUGGGAAGCUUCUUGUCGGGGUUGUGCUUGUGCUGGGUGCGGUGGUUGGGUCGGCCUUCGCAGGGCAGAGUAUGAGGGUAACGAACGUGACGGAGAUGAGGGAAGUCAAAGGUGUGGUGUAG